CACCUGACUCUGACACUCUUCCACACACACACCACACACGCAACCGCAUACACACAUACAUACGGUGUCGCUAUCGUUAGACAACCCGACAAACCGACAAACCGAUCUUACCUUUCCCUCUUCCCAGUCUCUCAAAUAUCUCCGGAUCUACAACAAAUCCCGUAGUACCAAUCGCUUAUUGCCGAUCAAGAGAAGAAAGAAACGUCGCCAAGAUUCAGAUAUCCCAAUAGAACGAACCUCGACCUCAUGCCUUACCCCGAAGAGGAUAGAUAGUGCUGAGAUGCGACACCAAAGACAACAGCCCUGUUUGCGUGGCGCUAGGUAGGGCUGUCCUCAUACAAGGACUAGUCCGCUCAAUCCGAUUGCCUCUUGCUCUUAAUCGACUUGUCCUGGUUCCGAUCCUUCCUCUCUUUCUAGACUCUAUCAAGGUAGCUAUUCCACAACGGCUGGACCAUCGUGUGGAAGCCAACAAGAGCCCGACAUGGCGACGUCGACCGUUGCCGCUGUCGCCAAAAUGGCUUCCUUCGUAAUCGGGCUUGCCUCUAUCGUUUCCGUCGCAUCCGCCGAGUUAGCUACCACGAAUAUGAUGUCAGACUUGCCCGAUUAUUUUGACCAGUCCUCUAUGGCGCUAGCUUUGACCUCAGAUUCCGUUCCGGUUGGAGUGGAAUAUAAGAUUGCGCCUCUAACGGCUGAAGCCGGGCUGAACCAGACCAACGAGAAUGCCUUGAGGGCUUUCCAUGUACUAGGCGAUAUGGUCGUCGUAGAUCAGACCAACUACAACAAUAAUAAUCUCAACCUCAAAGACUCCAUUGCCUAUUUAACCUGCGACUCCAACUCCAACGAUUCCUACAUAUCUUCCAACGACGUAUUAAAUUCAGUAAUGGGCAGACAACCAAAAGCCAUCUUACUUUAUAGUACGACUGGAAUUUGUUGCGGUCUAGGUGGAUCUGAUUUAGAUUUCACUUCUAUCUGGACUAUGACCGACCCGCAGUCAGCCGGGAUGACCAAGAACUGGACAUCGGAUACUACGGGAGGUAUCGUUCGUGCAACGAUAUCAGGAGGAAACGAUACCGGCGCAGAUACCGACAAUGGGCAAACCCAGGGUGGUAAUAAUUCAGCGGUUGCUAUGAGCAUUUUAUAUAGUAUAACUGGUCUCAUAACUUUGCUCUUUCUCAUUAUUAUCGCGACCGGAGCUAUCCGAGCACAUCGUCACCCCGAAAGAUACGGCCCGAGGGCUAGCUAUGGUGGAAGACCAAGGCAGAGCCGAGCUAAAGGUCUUGCACGAGCUGUUUUGGAGACUCUGCCUAUCGUCAAAUUUGGUGAUCCCCAACCCGCAAAACCAGACCCGGAGAAUGAACUGGAAAGCAUUUCAGGAGACCGACAGCCGCGCUCAGCAUCGCCGACACAACGUGAUGUUACAUCAAUCGAUGUGGAACCUGAAAAUACUUCCGAGGUAGCUACGAAGGACGUUCCGAAAGCUGUUACUGAAAAUCCUGUGGCCACCACUUCAGAUCACACCGAAGAGAGUGGUAGACAGGCAGAGGAAGACCAUCUUGGUUGCUCUAUCUGCACGGAAGAUUUUAGCGUCGGGCAAGACGUACGAGUGCUUCCUUGCGAUCAUAAAUUUCACCCACAGUGUGUAGAUCCAUGGCUAGUCAACGUUUCCGGCACAUGCCCGUUGUGCCGGCUGGAUCUACGCCCUCGUGAGGCAGAAGAAGCAGAAGAAUCUGGCGAGGCUACCAACGAGGCGCCUCAGCCUAAUGAGACUGGCCCUGCUGAUACUCACUCAGCACAUGUCCCUGAGGAUGAUGGAGACGGACCGCAGAGACGGCGGAUAUCCCGUUUCCUCGAUUGGAAUAGGCUUCGUCACGCUUCUGUUGAUGAGCGCAUUCUGGCUCUUCGACAAUAUCGAGAGUCGCAGCCAGACGCAAUUCCUGACACCAGUUCAGCUGAGGACCAAAGCCAACAUACCCGACUUUCAGAUCGGCUGCGAGAGAAGUUUCAUAUUCGGACCAGAGCUCAUCCACCAAGUGGACCAGCCUCUUCGAAUCAGUGAGCAUCUACUUUAAUUCUUAUUAAUACCUUACUAGAGGUUCUUAAUGCACUUGAGGUGCCGAAUGGGUGUAAUGCACCAGCCAUGAAUGUACGUGAUGAGUAAUGGAGCCUGCGGUCUGGGUGUGAUUAUCGAGUGAUGAUAUUGGGAUGGUGUGGGAUAACCGUGGAAUACCUCGGAUAGAACGGCGUUAAAUCUUAUCUGGAAGAUUAGGGCGUAAAGCAAAGAAUCGCAUUGGCCGGCGUUCUGUGGCGUGAGGUUAUCUACCUAGCUUUUGCAAUUAGAAACGCUUAGCGUUUGGUUGGCGUUAGACAGGAAAGACGAUGGGUUGCGCUCAAGUCAGCAUGGAGUGAGCCCAUGAGUUAAUGCUAUCAAAAUAAAAUCACAUAAACCUGUCACUCAUAUA